GUGCUUCGGCAGCGAGUCCAAGGGCAUCGAGGCUGCGGGCGGGCUCCUCGCCUUCCUCGGCCGCUGCCCCGAGCUGCAGGAGCUCUUCAUGUCCGAAUGCUCUCAAAUCCUGGCUGCGGCGUGGAGGCAGCUUGAGGGAGCCCAUUGGCCGAGGCUCACCAAGGUGAACUUCGACCGGUGCUUCGACGAAAAUUCCAAGGGCGCCGAUGGCGUGGCCGGGCUCCUCACCGCCCUGGCCCGCUGCCCUGAGCUGAAGGACCUCGCCAUGGCUCACUGCUCUCACAUCCCGGCUGCGGCGUGGCAGCAGCUCGAGGGCGCCCAUUGGCCGAGGCUCGCGAAGGGGGACUUCGAAGCGUGCUUCAGCAGCGAGUCCGAGGGCGUCGAAGCUUCGGCCACAAUUCUCUCCUUUCUCGGCCGCUGCCCCGAGCUGCAG